CAGACGCGCCCCGAUUCAUCUACUUUCACGCUCGCUGCUGCUCCGAUCUUCUGCCUCCCAAAAUUUCCCAAUUUCACUCUCUCUUCUAAGUAUGCCCUAUUUCUCCUGUAAUCCCUCCUUUCUCUCUACAGCUCUCUCGCUUGAGUGGCCUGCAAAACUUCAUAUUUGCCACUCUUGGUAAGUUCAACAAUUGGGAAGGCUGCACUUCUAGUUUGCUGGUGUUGGCAAUGCCUCCCAAUCCUAAAGUUGCAAAAGCCUUUCGUGCUAUGCGGGAUCUUGGAAUUUCUGAAGAGAAAGUGAAACCAGUCUUGAAAAAUCUCUUGAAACUGUAUGAUAAAAAUUGGGAUCUUAUUGAAGAGGAAAAUUAUAGAGCUCUUGCUGAUGCUAUAUUUGAUAGUGAUGAAGCAGAGGCUGCAGAAAGGAAGAAGGAGCUUGAGAAUAGCAAACAACAACGAGCUGUGAGGGAACAAGCUCAAGAGCCAGAUGAGCUUGGACGACCUUUGAAAAAGUUGCGCUCAAAUUACCAAGGGCAACCUUCAGAGUGGCACAAUAGCUCUACUCUCUUGGCUGGGACUUCUCUCAUAACCCCCAAAGAUGAGCCAGUUGAACUACCUGAAGUGCAGCCUGAGAAACAGAUGCCACAGAUGGUGAGCACAAAGUUACCGAAUAAUGGAAACAGGAUGAUUGAGUCCCACCAUUUAUCAUGCCGAUCACUAGAGACGAAUAAAGGACAGCAACCUGUUUCACCUAAGCCUUUGACAUUCAGAGAAAGAACUGAUACAUCUCAGCCUGUUAGUAAUAACCAAAGCCAAAUGAAUAUGACAAUUGAAUCAGUUGCUGUUCCCCAUCCACCGAGUCUUGAAAACAGAGGGAAGGAGGCUUUGUCACCCCAUUGUACUUCAGAGAAGAAAAUGUUGGAAUCUGAGAGAUCAUCCCAGGCGGUAUCCCAGGAGAAAACUGUUGGUCGUCAGAUUUUGGUGCAGCCAGAAGAAGAGCCAUUAGCUGGUGAUGCUCCAGUAUAUGAUCUUCGAGAGACAUCCAAAGAGGGAGUUUCUUCAAGGAAAAGCUGUUCAGAAAGAGUACCAAAUGGUUCUGUACCUUUAACAGCAGAACCCCAAGUAGGACAAGAUACGAGUAAUGGUGCUGCUGCAAAGGUCUCGGAUAAAUCAUCUUCUCAGCUGGAGAUUGCUUCGUCAUCCUUGGGAGACGUGAAAAUUUGUUUGAGCUACAAUAUUUCUCCCCAAAGACCUGAUUUUCAUGUGCCUAGUUUAGCUGCGGUAGUUAAGUUGGUCGAGGAAAAGUAUCUCAAAUCGUACAAAAACCUGGACGCAAACUUCUCCCUCAUGAAGCUAAUGGAGGACAUGUGUGCGGGUGUUGUGGAACUAGGUUUUGACUCUUGUAAUAAAUCAGCAGAAACGACUUUAAAAGAUAGUGGAGGAUGGGGGGAAGCGGGAAAGCAGCUAAGAUCUUCUUUUGAUGGGCCUGAUUGUUUGACUAUCUUCAGGGGGAAUUGUUUGUUAAGAUCAUUUAAGAUCUCAGGUUCUUCUCAGCUCUUCUGUGACUUUAAGUUGUUUGAUAUUCAUAUGGAAAGCACUGGAUAUCCUGCUCUAUCUCAGUGUAAAUGCCUCUUUCAUCUUAGCAUUUCAAUCCUUUUUGCUGCUCAUUUGAUGCUUGGGCAUUGGAGAGGCUGCUCUUGUAAUCUGCUGGUGUUAUCAAUGCCGACCAAUCCUAGAGUUGCAAAGGCCUUUCGUGCUAUGCGAGAUCUUGGAAUUGCUGAAGACAAAGUGAAACCGGUCUUGAAAAAUCUCUUGAAGUUGUACGAGAAAAAUUGGGAUUACAUUGAAGCUGAAAAUUAUAGAGUCCUUGCAGAUGCUAUUUUUGAUAAUGAGGAAGCGAUGGUAAAUCAGGCUGCACAAAGUAAGAAGAAGCUUGAGAGUUCUCAAAAAUCAGUAACGGAGGAAGAAGCUCAGGAACAGGGUGAGCCCGCACGACCUUUAAAAAGGUUGCGCUUAAAAUACCAGGGGCAAGCUUCAGAGUCAUGCAAUAAUUCUAAUCGCUUGGCCGGGACACCUCUCAUAAUCCCCAAGGAUGAGCCUGUUGAACUACCUGAAGUUCAUCCCCAGAGACAGUUGCGAAGCAUGGUGGGCUCAACACCAACACACAAUGGACAUAGGAGUAUUGAAUCUCAGCAUCUAUCACGUGAGUUACUUGAUAGAAGUAAAGGAAAGCAACCUGUUUCACCUAAGUCUUUGACAAUCCAAGAAAGAACUCGUACAUCUCAUCAUGUUAUUGCUAAUGAAAGUGAAACAAAUAUCCCAAUGACUGUUGGAUCAGGCACCGUUCCCCAUCAAAUGAGUCUUAGAAACGGGAGGAUGGGGGCUCUCUCACCCCAACCUGCUUCUGUGGAUAAAAGGUCGGAGUCGGAGCGGUUGUCUCAUAAAGUAUCCAAAGAGAAGACUGUUGGUGUUCAGAGCCUGGUUCAGCCUAAAGAAGAGCCAUUCACUUGUGAUACACCAGUAUUUGAUCUUCCUCUUGCUGUUAUCCAUCCAGAGACUUCAAACAGAGGAGACUCUUUAAGGGAAAAUAGUUCAAUAGAAGAACCACACGAUGGCUCUGAACCCCCUUUAAUAUUGGAACAUCCAGGAGGAAAAAGUGUGAGUGAUGGAAUUCCUAGUUUGUCAAGCGAGACCAGAGUGAACUCCCAGCUUUCAACAGUUGCAGAUGGAUCAUCUUCUCAGCUCCAGGUUGCUUCCUCACCCUUGGGAGAGGUGAAAAUCUCUUUGAGCUGCAAAAUUUCUCCUGAAAGACCUGACUUCCACAUGCCUAGUCUAGAUGCAGUAGUAAAGUUGGUGGAGGAUAGAUGUCUCAGAUCAUACAAGUUCUUGGACCCAAACUUCUCUGUCAUGAAACUAAUGAAAGACAUGUGUGAUUGCUUUUUGGAAUUAGGAACCGAGUCUUGUAGUGAAUCAGAAGGAAAUAUGCAAGUGUCACCUAGAAAUGAUGUACUUGAAAGCUUUCCUUCAGGGGAUCCUUUAGUUGGUGAAGGUGUGCAUUUCCAUAUGCCAGAUGGUUUAUAUAAUGCUCAAUCAGAGACUGAGGUUGUUUUCCCCAAAACUUUACAACUUUCUACACCUUGCACUGGGAUACAUGACUGUGCUCAACCUCAUCAAGAAGCUAGUCAGUGUAAUAGAAUUCAUGAGGAUACCGAACAGAAUGAUCUUGAUGACCCGAAUUGUAGGAGCUUGGUGGUUUGUCAGCAACAUGAGUUAACUCCAGAUCAGAUCCGUUAUCUUCAUGAUGUCAUUGACAUAAGUAAGGGGCAAGAGAGAGUGGUGAUUUCGUUAGUCAAUGAAAUAAAUAGUGAAUGCCCGCCAUCCUUUCACUAUAUUCCACAGAAUGCUGUCUUUCAAAAUGCAUAUAUGAACUUCUCUCUUGCCCGUAUUGGAGAUAAUAAUUGUUGUUCUACUUGUUGUGGUGAUUGUCUGUCCUUGUCUACACCUUGUGCAUGUGCACACGAAACUGGUGGUGAAUUUGUAUAUACAGCCGAGGGACUUGUCAAGGAGGAGUUUCUUAACGAGUGUGUUUCUAUGAAUCGUAAACCUGAAAAGCACUGCCAUUACUUCUGCAAGGAAUGCCCAUUGGAAAGAUCCAAAAAUGAGGAUGUCAUAGAACCUUGCAAAGGCCAUUUAGUGAGGAAGUUCAUCAAAGAAUGUUGGUGGAAGUGUGGAUGCUCUAAACAGUGUGGCAAUCGAGUCGUUCAGCGGGGGAUAACUCGCAAUCUGCAGGUGUUUAUGACAGAAGGAAAAGGAUGGGGAUUGCGUACUCUUGAAGACCUGCCAAAAGGUGCAUUUGUUUGUGAAUAUGUGGGUGAAGUUUUAACAAAUGCCGAACUCUUUGAUCGUGUCUCACGGAAUCCAAAGGGCGAAGUGCAUUCCUAUCCUGUUCUACUUGAUGCUGAUUGGGUUUGCGAAGGAGUACUUAAAGACGAAGAAGCUCUUUGUUUAGAUGCUACACAUUAUGGGAAUGUUGCAAGGUUUAUUAAUCACAGAUGUUUUGACUCAAACAUGGUUGAGAUUCCAGUUGAAGUAGAAACUCCUGAUCACCACUAUUAUCAUCUUGCCUUUUUCACCACAAAGAAGGUAAAGGCGAUGGAGGAACUUACAUGGGAUUAUGGUAUUGAUUUUGAUGACGUUGAUCAUCCGGUUAAGGCGUUUCACUGCCAGUGUGGCAGCAAGUACUGCCGGAACAUUAGACGUCCAAGUAGAUCCAGAUCUUCAUUAAGGAGAUGAACAUAUGGUCUUCUCCAUGACCAGUCUUUGAAUUGUGCCUCAAUCUUUAUUGGAAAAUCAUACAGGACAGAUCGGCACCAUCGGCACCGCCUUCAGCACCCAGAAAUUAACCUUGAAAGGAUCCAUGUGACUGGCUAUGUUUUGUAAAUGACCUAGUUUCUUUAAUUUUAUUAGACGUUUGUGGAGACAGUGAUUUUGAGUAGGCUUAUUCCAAUGAGCCAGUUGUACUUGGGAAGACAAAUUCAUGAACGUCUUUCUUUGGUUUUGUUUUGGGGGAGGGAGAUGCGAAUUUUGCCAUGGUUCACUGUCCUGUUCUUGUUGUAAAAAUUGACGUUUAAGUAUUUACCUUGUUGAGUAGCAAAUCUACUGAAUGGUAGUUUUCUGUGCAAA